AUGCUCCUGGGGGCGCAGAACCCUUCCCUGCGGGAUGGCCUCACUCCGGCACAAGUUGUGGCCUUCAAACGCACCGCCAUCAACACCCUCAUCGACGCGGGCACCCGGCUGCAGAUGGACAACAUCGCCAUCGCCACCGGGGUCGUCUUCCUGCACACGUUCUACGCCACCAAGUCCCUCGUGCGCAACGACCCCUUUCUCAUGAGCGUGGCCUGCCUGUACCUGGGAGGCAAGGUGGAGGACUCGCCCAAGUCGGUUCGGGAUGUGCUGAUGGCAUCCUGCGAGCUGCGCUACCGAGACGGCGCCCGCCGCCUGCAGCACGAGCGGGAGCUGUAUGAGGGGCUGCGCGAGAAGGUGUUCCAGGCUGAGCGGGCGCUGCUGUAUGCCCUGGACUUCCAGUUUAAUGUGGAGCAGCCCUUCAAGCCCUGCCUGGCCAUGCUGAGCAGCGAGCCGCUGAAGAGCCACCGAGAGGCGCUGCUGGCGCGGGACCCCAAGAAGGCGCACCUGCUGGCGCAGUUUGCCAUCAACUUCGUCACAGACAGCGGCCGCCAGAUCGCGGUUGCCUGCAUCUGGCUGGCCAUGAAGCUGCUGAAGGAGGAGUCGCACAUCUACACGGAUCGGGGGCAGCUGUGGUGGGUGGCGGAGGGCGUGCAGGAGGCACACCUGGAAGGCGUGGAGGAGCUGCUGCAGCAGCUGUACAGCCAGAACCUGUACUCCAUAUACUCAGACAAGAACCUGGUACCGCAGUCCAUGGGCCUGCUGUCCCCGCAGCAGCUCAAGGCAAUGGCAGAGGCGGAGGCCGCGGAGCACGAGAAGCAGCGAGUGGCAGCUGCGGCAUCCAACGGCGCGCAGCCGCAGCAGCCGCCGCCGCAGGCGCACGUUGAACCGGCCGCGGUGGGGCUGCCUGCAGCGGCGGCGUCUGCGGUAGCAGCAGCGGCGGCGGAGCCAGCGGCGGCGCCGGCGGAGCAGCAGGCGGUGAAGAAGGAGGGGGAGGGCUCUGACUAUGAUGAUGAGCUCUUUGCUGUGCUGGGGUAG